GAGUCCCAUCUAAAGGGAUGCCGGGGAUGCUCUCCCCCGGUGUUCUCACUUCAUCCACAGCGCGAUCAGAGAGGAGAACACGGACAGAGAUCCACUAACCCCGAUCACCGGAGGAGGAGGAUGAGGAGGAUGGCGGGGGACGGAGCACACUAGAUCCCCGGGACUCCGCCUCACCUUCCCGGGAUUACACUCAGUCCGGAGCCGGCUGCAGCUCCGUGAGGAUCAACUGACGAGAGCCGCAUGUGUGAUCCGCUGAGAGCCGGAGAGACACCGAGCCCUCCCGCUGGUUGUCACCCGCAGCUGCCUGACUACCCAUCACCAUGGGGGAGCAACCCAUUUUCACCACAAGAGCUCACGUCUUCCAAAUAGAUCCCAGUACCAAGAAGAAUUGGGUCCCUGCAAGCAAACAAGCGGUAACCGUUUCCUACUUCUAUGACAGCACAAGAAACAGCUACCGGAUUAUCAGCGUUGAUGGGACCAAGGUAAUAAUAAACAGCACAAUCACACCCAACAUGACUUUUACAAAGACAUCACAGAAGUUUGGCCAGUGGGCAGACAGCAGAGCGAAUACGGUUUUUGGACUGGGGUUUGGAUCAGAGCAACAUCUUUCGAAAUUUGCAGACAAGUUUCAGGAAGUUAAAGAAGCUGCAAGGUUAGCAAGAGACCGAUCACAAGAAAAAAUGGAAACUUCCAGCAACCACUCUCAGGAGUCAGGACGGGAAACGCCAUCGUCCACCCGAGCGUCCAGUAUAAAUGGGACAGAUGAUGAAAAGGCCUGCCACGGAACACCCCCUGACUCUGAGCUGAAGACCGAGAAUGAUAAACUAAAAACUGCCCUUGCACAAAGCACUUCCAACGUAAAGAAGUGGGAAACUGAACUGGAGACACUGAGGGAGAGCAAUGCCCGGUUGUCCUUGGCUCUUCAGGAGUCUAUUGCUAGUGUAGAACAUUGGAAGAAACAAUUUUUAUCAUGUAAAGAUGAGAAUGACCAACUCAGGAAUAAGAUUGGAGAGCUUGAAGCUCAGUGUGAUGAAAUAGACAAGGAACGAGAGCGGAAUGAAGAACUAAGCAAAAGAUUACAAGAGCUGGAAGCGGAGAUUCAGGACAAAGAAGCUGAACUUGACGAUCUCAGGAAACAAAGUGAAGUCAUCCCACAGCUGAUGAUGGAGUGUGAAUCAGUGACUGAUAAGCUCCAGGAUGCCGAGCAGAGAAACCAAGAAUUAGAAGAUAAAGUGAGAGCACUAAGAAAAGAAGUGGAGGAAGGCAAGCACAGACAAGGCCACUUGAAACUGGAACUUAAACAUUUCCUGAAUAUAUUGGAUGGAAAAAUGGAUGAUUUGCACGAAUUCCGUCAAGGACUUUCCAAGUUAGAAAUGGAUAGCUAGAGUGUGGUGAUUUAUUUUUUUUUUUUUUUUUUUUUUUAUACACUAGACCCUUACAGUGCAAACAAAGGCCAAGGGGCUGCUGUGCUUUUUUUUUAUUUAUUUAUUUUUUGCACCUUGAGUGCCAGUAUCAUUAACUUUAGUCUGUUUUUGGCAACCAGUAGUGGCCUAAACUUUCAAAGCCAUUUUUUACGGUUUUUACAAAAUCAGAGCCAUUGAAAUGAUACCAUGCAUUAUAAAAAUUUGAUAGUUUGACACUAAAUCACCAAAUGUGGGAUUAUGUAUAACAAUUGUUCAUUUAUUUGUUACAACAGAAAAAUACCUUAAAAAAAAAAAAAAAAUUGGAUCACCGUGUGGCAAAAAUAGUUGAAUCUCUUGUCCUCCAGUCCCCCUUCUAGGUUGGAAAUGCAAUAAGUAAAAGCACAUAAGAAUGUUUAUUGGUUGUACGGUUUGAAACGGUUCUCUGCAAGCCUUGCAAUAAUUCCUAUGACACAUUGGAUUAGGCAGAGUCUGUGAUGGAUGUGAUGCAAUAUCUUCACUAGUAAGGCAUUGCUGUAGGAUGACGGGGUCACUGGAACCUUAUACCCUGCCACAGUUUAACUGCAAGAACAAAUGGAUCUUUAGAAGCUAUAAAUAAGAGUUAUAUAUUUAGUACAAUACAAAAUAUUUAUUAAAGAUACUGUAUAGAAUAUAGUGGCAAAAAGACAAAGUAACAUUCACUGCUGUGGUUGUUUGUGGAAAAGUUUUAUUUCAUGUUUUCAUGCACAGGAAUACUUUACUUACUAUAUAAAAGGGUAGUUUUCCUUUAAAAGAACUUCCAUUGACUUUAGGAUUUUAAUUUUAGAAGAGGACACACAACUGGCAUUUUUUUUUUUUUUUUUAUGUACCUUGGAUUCACAACUUGGCAGCCAAUGUGCUUUAAUUAACAUGCAGAAAUGAACAAAAACAGAACACAACCCUUUUUUGAGAAGCACGGAAUGUGUGUUGUACAGUUUGGGUGUGAUGCCUGCUACUUUCAUUGAUUUUAAAUAAUGGCACAACAUAUUAUGCCAUGAGUUACAGUAACACGUGAUGCCAUGCGUGUUUCAGCAACACACAAGUCUGAAGAAACCCAAUAAAAUUUGGGGACCCUAGUAUGAGUUCUGGCCCCACAGUUGAGCAAGUUGGCUUUGUAGCUAUUGCCACAUUCUCCAUAUAUUUCUAUGGAAAAUGUAACUGGCAGUAUGUGACCACAUUGCAUCAAUACGCAACAUAAAGCAAACCAAGGUCACAACUGGAGGCUAGAUCUCAUUGUAAGAGUUUCUGUCUUUUGUUCCCAAAAUGUUAAAAGCAGCAGACGUGAUUUAAUCCAAUGUCAUCAGGGUAAACCAGGGUUGUAAAUUUUUAGUGGGCAUGUCACUCAUAGUCAACAAAGGAACGAGAUGGUGGACUAAACCAGUAGUCUCCAAACUGUGGCAGAUAGGCCGAUUGUGGUCCUUUGCUUGCUUUUACCCAGCCCUUGGGGCACUGACUCCAACAAGGGGGCCCCCAUUCUUUCUACUGAAGCCAAUAGAGGAGAACGCCUCUCAAUGACGCGAACAAUGGGGCAUUUUCCUUCCACUGACGCCAGUGAUGGGACACUAUUCCUCUCACUGACACCAACAAUGGAGCAUAAUUUUCCCCACUAAUAUAAACAAUUAAGCACUAUUCCUCCCACUAAUACCAAUGAUGGGACACUAUUCCUUCAUCCACUGACUACAGGCACUUGUACAUGUAAUUUUAUUUACUGACGCUGAGACAUUCUCUACUUUCCGGCCCCCCUAAAGUCUGAAGGACAGUAAAUCUGCCCUUUUGUUUACAAUGUUUGGAGACCCCUGUUCUAAACCAUUGUUGCUGACAUUAAAACAUAUUGAAUAAAAUGAAUGCUAUUACUGUGGCAUUAGACAUUCAGUCUAAUCAGACCUCAUCAGACAUUAUGAUAGCGAUUUCAUUGCUUCCAUGCAAAUUUUAUAGAAUCAUUGUUUGGACAUGUCUGCUUCUGCCCUUUAUUUAUGAAUAUGUAGCAGAACAUUUGUAAAGGCUGGGGAGCUGUUUUGCCUCCUGAACAGACAAUGGUUAGAAGGUAGCCCAAGCGAUAUACUCUGCUAUUUAUGCGUUGGCGAAAUCAUUAGUGAAUAUUAGUUUUAUAAUGGAUAAGUUGCACACAUUUACUGCUGCCUUGAUAGGCAGGCAACAUGUACACUUAAAGGAAACCUGUAGGGAAAAAAUGAUGCCUGUCGAUGCAUAGUAAGCCAUAAAGCACCUUCUCUUCCCUCUGCCCUGGGUCCAUUACAAAAGCCCCCAUAAAUACUCUGUUCUUGAUUUGGGCACAUGUGGUACAGCCUCCCACCACAUAAUACUCUGCACCACUUCUAAAAAAAGUCCACAUUUGCAUAGAAAUCAUGGGAUGUCAGAAAUGAGUGCUUAUAGUGCCUGCUAUGCAAUGGCAGGGUUCUUUUCUUUUUUCUUAUCCGCCUACGGGACCAUGUUGGUAGGGAAUUCUCCUCAGGUAAGCAGACAUUGCUCAUUUUGCAUGGGGCAGGUAAAUGCACAUUUUGUCUUUUGCGGAUUGAGAUUGUCGAUUUGUCCUGGUAAUAUCGGUGGCAUGAUGGGUCACCACAAAAUGCCUUAUACAUUAGAAACGCCAGUGUUAGACCUAUACUUUCCCUUUUUAUACUGUAAUAAAGGGUGUAUUGUUUGGUAAAUGAAUAUUCAACAGUUGAUGUGUGUAACAAGCCAUGGCUGAGAACGUCUACAUACACAGACCUCAAAGUUUCCAAGUCAAUGUUCACAGGGCUGUUACUUUGAAUAUAUGACAAAUUCUGCCUCAUGGUUCUCUAAUGAUGUUUCUCUUGUAAUUAAAAAUAAAUUAAAAUGUUUGACACAAA